ACGGGAGCCGGGCAGCAGAGACUGGCUGGGCUGGCACUCACCCUCGACCCACCUGCUCUGUAAAUGGUAGUCUAUCAGUAGUAGGUUCCAGGUUCCCCAGGGCAUGUAGGCAGAGUUAGCGGCUGCCAAGUGUUCAGAGCCACAGCGCUCCAGGUACUCUGGGACCUUCUCUAUCUGCGGUGCUCUUUAGCUCCUGCGGAGAUGCCCAAUUGACAGGAGAGCCAGUGAGGACAAGAACGCUCCCUUCCGACCCAAGUCCACGGCACCCAUGGCUCUGCCGGCCAGUCUGUUGCCCCUGUGCUGCUUGGCACUCUUGGCACUAUCUGCCCAGAGCUGCGGGCCGGGCCGAGGACCGGUUGGCCGGCGGCGUUAUGUGCGCAAGCAACUUGUGCCUCUGCUAUACAAGCAGUUUGUGCCCAGUAUGCCCGAGCGGACCCUGGGCGCGAGUGGGCCAGCGGAGGGGAGGGUAACAAGGGGGUCGGAGCGCUUCCGGGACCUCGUACCCAACUACAACCCCGACAUAAUCUUCAAGGAUGAGGAGAACAGCGGCGCAGACCGCCUGAUGACAGAGCGUUGCAAAGAGCGGGUGAACGCUCUAGCCAUCGCGGUGAUGAACAUGUGGCCCGGAGUACGCCUACGUGUGACUGAAGGCUGGGACGAGGACGGCCACCACGCACAGGAUUCACUCCACUACGAAGGCCGUGCCUUGGACAUCACCACGUCUGACCGUGACCGUAAUAAGUAUGGUUUGUUGGCGCGCCUAGCUGUGGAAGCCGGAUUCGACUGGGUCUACUACGAGUCCCGCAACCACAUCCACGUAUCGGUCAAAGCUGAUAACUCACUGGCGGUCCGAGCCGGAGGCUGCUUUCCGGGAAAUGCCACGGUGCGCUUGCGGAGCGGCGAACGGAAGGGGCUGAGGGAACUACAUCGUGGUGACUGGGUACUGGCCGCUGAUGCAGCGGGCCGAGUGGUACCCACGCCAGUGCUGCUCUUCCUGGACCGGGAUCUGCAGCGCCGCGCCUCGUUCGUGGCUGUGGAGACCGAGCGGCCUCCGCGCAAACUGUUGCUCACACCCUGGCAUCUGGUGUUCGCUGCUCGCGGGCCAGCGCCUGCUCCAGGUGACUUUGCACCGGUGUUCGCGCGCCGCUUACGUGCUGGCGACUCGGUGCUGGCUCCCGGCGGGGACGCGCUCCAGCCGGCGCGCGUAGCCCGCGUGGCGCGCGAGGAAGCCGUGGGCGUGUUCGCACCGCUCACUGCGCACGGGACGCUGCUGGUCAACGACGUCCUCGCCUCCUGCUACGCGGUUCUAGAGAGUCACCAGUGGGCCCACCGCGCCUUCGCCCCUUUGCGGCUGCUGCACGCGCUCGGGGCUCUGCUCCCUGGGGGUGCAGUCCAGCCGACUGGCAUGCAUUGGUACUCUCGCCUCCUUUACCGCUUGGCCGAGGAGUUAAUGGGCUGAGCUUCCAAGGACAGAAGUCCUCCAAGCUUCAUACGAAAUCGAAACCGAAGCCCCAAGACCUGCUGGCUGAGAUCUGGGGAUGUGAGCCGCAGGUGAUGCUGAUAGGGGAGGGGGUGAGAAAAGAGAGAGAGAGAGAAAGGUGGGCUGUACUAGGAACUUCUUGGUUUAGGCAACUUUUACCCGAGAAGAGUGGUGUCUGGUCCUUGGUAACCGGGUUUGCUGGUAGGCACUCUUUAACGAGGACUUUUUUGCGUCUUCCCCAGUCGCACCGGAUAAUUUUAUUUUCUAUUUAUAAUUUGUAAUAUGAUGACCUGCUUGCCCAGCCCACCAAGGUGAGGGCCUGGAGCUUGGCUUUAACACAGUCUGACCCAGCUAGCCAGCCAACCUGACGGCUCACACCCUCACUUUUCCCUGCAGGUGAGUUAAUAAAGGGAAGGCUUUAUUGGAAACCACCUUCACUCACCUCCAAAGAGGAGGAGAACCCGGACUAAUCCGAGUCCACACCUUACUUCCAAUUUGCCCUUCUUCCUCAGCACGAUCUUCCAAACCCUCUUGCUGCAAAGGGUGUCCCAACCUGUCAGCAAUAGACCAGCAAUGUCCUGCCCCUUUUAAGGUACUGGUUCCACCCCUAGUCAGGACCAGAACUUCACUUGUGAGGAUGCAUACCAACUGUGAGUGGGGUGGGGCUAACCAAGGCAGCAGGAGGAGCACUUGGAGUCCUCUAUUGUUAGCUAUUCUGGCCUAUCCCUGUAGGCUGUCCAUUGAUCAUCAGCCUAGAGGUCAUCCUGCCUGCUAAAACGGUCUGAUUAUUUUCUGGGAUUUUGGUAGGCCAACUGGCGAACCAUGGGUGUUCCUUACAAUCCGCCACACAUUUGUGGCCAAAAUAAAGAUUCUAGAGUGAUCCAGAAUGGUGGUCAAAUUCCAGGAGUACAUGCUUGUAAUCCCAACACUUUGGAGAUGGCGAAGGAUAGAACAGAAAGAUAAUGAGUUCAAGGCUAACUUGGGCUGUAUAGUAGAACACGCGCUUGCGCGCACACACACACACACACACACACACACACACAGACAGAGACAGAUACGGAGACACAGAGAUGCUGGAGGGAAAAUUUUCUCAUGACCUGAAUAAUUUCUCAAAACCUGUUCCAGGUUUUGGCUUGGGUGUAUCUGUGGUCAAGUUCUAGUGUGGCAUUGUGAGUUUCCUCCUUCGGUCCAGUGGUUGUUUCUGUUGGUUCCCCAUCUACCGUUCUUUCCCGGUCUCGUUACAGGCUGGGCUUCUCUAGUUUCUCUGGGUGUUUUGGGGGGAAUUUUUGGACUCCAACAUCGCAGACCACUGGAAUGCAGGUAGAUUGAUGUCUCUGAGCUAGGGAUGGGCAUGUAGGACUGCCCUGGAAGUGGAUAUUACCAUCUGAGGGAUAGUUAAGGUGGGUGGUACUUCCAGGGACUGGGCCCAAUCCUGCUACAAUUGUUGCAAGGAAGAUUGGCUCUGCUCUGAGCUUCCAAGCCAACCAAGUCCAUGCUGUAGAUACGUUGCCCUCUGGUGGCAUUGGAGAGAAUUCUAAGCUUGGGGACAUGUGCUUCCCUUUGGUUCCCUCUGUACCAAAGGGAAAUGUACUGCAUGCUGCACCAGACUUACUCAUAGGAACUGACCCAGAGGGCAGAACUAAUGUAUGUGGCUUGCGUUAACUUUUAGCAUGGUUCGGGAUUCUCUCUCAAUUCUUGGAUUUUUUUUUUUUUUCUUUUUUUACAGCCCUUGUGCCUAGUUCAGCUCUGAGGCUCUGGGAAGCUUGAAGUGUAGAUAAUGGUGCAGAGUGUCCCUCACUCUGGUGACCCUCAAGUCCUGUGGUCAGAGAUAAUAGUAAAUAGAGCGUCGAACAGUUCCUGAUAAAGGUCCUCUAUUCACCAAUGCCCAAGUCUACAGACCAAAUACCCGUUGCCACCCUGCCUUCUCCUUGCCUCAGAGACACAUCUCAAACAACAGCCUUUCCUACUUUCUUACCCUACUCUUAGCUGCACCUCUUAGAUUCUGGUACCUUUCGUUUUAUCACCCAGGUGUUGCUGGGCAAUCUGUUUACUACCUCCCCUAAGCUAAGUACUACUGUGUCUAAACUGCUGAAACUAAAGUCUUUAACCAGAAAACCAUCAUGGCUGACUGGGAAUAUACUCAAGUAGUACAGCAUUAGCCUAGUGUGCCCAGAGCUCCAAUUUCAAUCCGCAGUACCACUCAAAUGGCUAUGCAAAAUAUUUGGGGAGAAAAAUUCAUUGGCGUUCAUUAAAUCACAUCCUAUAGGUUACUUUCAGGGUUUGAGGCUCACCUCUCUCUCCAACUUUGUCCCUUGAGGCCCCUCCCCUCAUUCUGUCCCCUUGAGGCUCCUCCCCUCAUUCUGUUCCCUUGAGGCCCCUCCCUUUAUCUUUGUCCUCCUGAAGCCCCUCCCAGCUAUGUAAAAAACACGCGCUUCACCUGCAAGCAGGUAAACGCACCACGUGCUUGCUGCAGGUGGUCCCACUAACUUGGCCGCCGAGCACCUUCCAACCGCAGCAACUCUUUUCAACCCAGGAACUGAGCAGACGUCGCCGCGCCGCGUAGGCUUUGCAUUCCUGUCUCAGCUGUCUACUUCAUUUCUACUACUCCGCUAAAAGGCUUGCCAGCGCGUGCAUUUCAGGGAUGAGUUUUGUUUGGUUUUUCAAGCUGGGGGCGCAGAGAGGAGGAUUGUCUUGAGUUCAAGGGCAGCCUGGGAUACUUAGUAAGGCCCGGCCACAAAUAAAUCUUAUUAUUUAAAAUC